AUGUCUGAGCGGCGGUUCUGUCAGGAGGACGACCAAUCCUCUCUCCUGUCCCGGCUCGGUUCCGAUUCUCCUCGUCCUCGGAUGAAGUUUGGAGGAAUGUUCUGCAGCGUGGAAGGAGCUUUUGAGAACAAAACCCUGAACUUCGAGUCCUUCAGUCCUCGGCUGCAGCGGCGCGGCGCCGGUCCGACCCAGACGGGAGACCAACAUGGAGGAUGGACCGCUGUCCUUCCAUCUGGACACACCCGGGAAAACUACGGCAAGAGAGAGGGAGACCGUAUCAUCAUCAAAGGAGGAAAAGUUGUCAAUGACGAUCAGUCAUUCUACGCCGACAUCUACGUUGAGGAUGGGACGAUCAGGCAGAUAGGCGAAAACCUGAUUAUCCCAUCAGGUGUGAAGACCCUGGAUGCGUACGGUCAGCUGGUGAUCCCUGGAGGCGUUGAUGCCAACACCAACCUCCAGGCCCCGCAGAAAGGCCUGAUCCCAUGUGACGACUUCUACCAAGGAACCAAAGCCGCCCUGUCUGGAGGAACCACCACCAUCAUCGAUCAUGUGUUGGUGGAGCCGGGCACUAGCUUGCUGUCGGCGUUUGAUUUGUGGAAGGAGACAGCAGAGCAGAGGGCGUGCUGUGACUUUUCCUUCCAUCUGGACGUCACCAGGUGGCAUGAAGGCCUCUACGAGGAGCUGGAGAUGCUCGUCAAAGAUAAAGGGGUGAAUUCCUUCCUCUUCUUUAUGGCUUACAAAGACCGGUACCAGAGCUCAGACUCUCAGCUCUAUGAGGCAUUUGGGAUCCUCCGAGAUCUUGGAGCAAUUGCUCAGGUCCAUGCUGAGAACGGCGACAUCAUUGAUGAGGAGCAGAAAAAACUUCUCAGUGUGGGUAUUACUGGACCUGAAGGCCACGUUUUAUCUCACCCUGAAGAGGUGGAGACUGAGGCAGUCUAUCGGGCCAUCACCAUCGCCAAGCAGGCCAACUGCCCGCUCUAUGUUACCAAGGUGAUGAGCAAGUCUGCUGCUGAUGUUAUCGCCAAAGCCAGAAAAAAAGGUGUGGUUGUGUAUGGGGAGCCAAUCACAGCUGGCCUGGCCACUGAUGGCUCUCACUACUGGGCCAAAGAUUGGACCACAGCAGCUGCCUUUGUGAUGAGCCCUCCCCUGAACCCAAAUCCAUCCACGCCACAGUAUCUGACCUCUCUGCUAGCAUGUGGCGAUCUCCAGGUGACCUCCAGCGCUCAGGCCAGCUUCUCCACAGCUCAGAAGGCUGUCGGUAAAGAUGACUUCACGCUGAUCCCAGAGGGAACUAGCGGCAUUGAAGAGAGGCUGUCGGUGAUCUGGGACAGAGCUGUGUCCACAGGAAAGAUGGACGAGAACGAGUUUGUUGCCGUGACGAGCACCAAUGCUGCCAAGGUCUUCAACAUGUACCCACGCAAAGGACGGAUUGCUGUUGGAUCUGAUGCUGAUAUUGUAGUUUGGAACCCAAAAGAGACUCUAACCGUUUCUGCCACAACACACAACCUGACCUUGGAGGUAAACAUCUUGGAGGGUUUGGAGUUUCGAGGCGUUCCCACAGUAGUGAUCAGCGGCGGUCGGGUUGUUCUGGAGGAUGGACAGCUCAACGUGACCGAAGGCUCUGGACGCUUUAUACCAAGAAAGCCUUUUCCUGACACCGUCUACAAGCGGAUCAGAGCACGCAGCAAGAUGGCUGAAGCCCGCGGCGUUCCCCGUGGUAACUAUGAUGGUCCAGUCCAUGACGUCAUCAGUGUGACCAAGUCAGUCCCACCAACUCCAACCACCAGGGGUCCUACGGGGAGCAAAACCCCAACUGGCCCCCGAAACCUCCACCAAUCAGGAUUCACCCUGGCAGGGGCUCAGAUUGACGAUCACAUACCCCGUCGCUCUGCUCAAAGGAUUGUGGCGCCACCUGGAGGACGUUCCAACAUUACAUCUCUGUCUUAAUCUGUUCAUGUUCCAGCCAUGUGUUGAACCUGAGUUCACUGAACUCUACAGUUCACUGGAGCCACCUGUACUGAAGAGUGAACACCUGUAGAGUGUUCACUGAAGAGUGAACACCUGUAGAGUGUUCACUGAAGAGUGUUCACUGAAGAGUGAACACCUGUAGAGUGUUCACUGAAGAGUGAACACCUGUAGAGUGUUCACUGAAGAGUGAACACCUGUAGAGUGUUCACUGAAGAGUGAACACCUGUAGAGUGUUCACUGAAGAGUGAACACCUGUAGAGUGUUCACUGAAGAGUGAACACCUGUAGAGUGUUCACUGAAGAGUGAACACCUGUAGAGUACAGUGAACUCUCCAGGUGAAACCAUCUGACCCUCUUAGCCCACAUAUGUAGUUUAACUCCAGAACCUUCUAGUUCUCCUGAGGUCAAACUGACAACUUUAGUCCUGAAUGUAGCUGUCCCACCCAGAACCCCACCAUCGUGUUUAGUCAACCCCAUGUAACCUGGUUCUAGACAGAACCGGUUUUGACCCGACAGGUCUGAAGCCCUCCGCAUCAGCAUCUGUUGCUGCAGAUGUGGACCAACCACAUUAGCAGCAACAGAACCGGCCCGACGAGAAAGAUAUCGUCUUUGUGACAUCACGGUGAUACGAGUAAUGCUGACAUAAAACACCAAUGAAGCACAACAUUACGACCACGUUGGCCUCUCAAAAUACUUCCUGCCAGCUGCGAGAUGAAUGAUGCCAGCCAGCCUGCCUGUGGUUGACCCCUGACCCCCCUGUGAGGUAGUCAUAGCAUUGAUUCAGCAGACUAGAACUAGAACUAGGCUCAGUUCUGCUGCCGUUCUAAUCAGUCUGGACCUCAGUUCGACACCACUGUACAAACACAAGACUCCUUAACCCCAGGUCAGAGUUCUAGAUGGAGGACAUGUUGGGUUCUGUGGCAGUACCACCCCACAGGUAGGACCCUCAGACCAUCUUCUUGGUCAUGUGACCAACAGCAGCUCAUGGUUUUAGUGUAACCAGAUGCAGUCUUUGUAGCAUAACUUUAGAUAAUCCCAGAACCACUGUCCAUCUUCAGAUGGUUUUGGCCGUUUGGGUCAUGUAGCAACUUUAAAACCUGGUUCUGUAGACCAGAGUUUUUUUCUCUGACUGUUGAUACUGAUAGCACAGCUCUAGCUGAUCAUUAGCAUCCACACUGAAGGCCUGGAAUCAAAUACCGAGGGCUUUUAAUUUGAAAAGGCUUGUCCCUGAGGUAAAGUGGUAACAAUCAGAGUUGUUGACAUCAUGUGACUCUGCAGCCUGUGAUGUCACAUUCACAUUUUUAAUGUAGCAUUUUCUAAGACUUUGUCUUAAUUUUGUAUUUUUACUGUUUUUGUACCUUGGCUGUGAUUGGUUCAAUGUUUGGGUCAAGGGUUACAUUUGCGUUCCGAAUAUGAUCCGUUUCUGAUAUCUACAACUGGAUCCAAUUUUACCAGACCCACCAACCCGAACCUGACCCGGGCCAGUCCAGGUUGAGUCGUCAGAAUAGUUUUAUGCUGAGAUCAUCAUUCUGUGAAACCAUUGGCUGGACAUUAAGGUGGGCGGAGCCACCAGCUUCACCUUGCUGUUCAAAUGGCCAACCUGAUCAAUGGCAGCUCAGUGACCACACCCUCCUCCUAUUUUCACUCAAUAGGUAGCAUCAAUGUUAGCAUCACUGCUCCCAUGUUGGAGUCCAGCUGUUGCUAUGGAAACAUUGACCACAUGAUUUCAAAAGGAUCCAACCUUUAGCUUUUCCAUAGGACACCGUGUCCAUGGGUCACCUGACCAGCAGGUGCUGAGUUUAAGGGUUUGUUCAACCUAAACUCAGAUUCAUUUGGAUUAGAUCAGCAGACUGAAAGGUGUCCAAGAUGGCAGCCAGGUGGUUUCUGGUCAUCUUUCCGUUUUCUCGCACAGUGAUCAGAAACGGUGUCCAUGAGGAGCGUUACUAUAGCAACCACACCUGUGAUGUAGUAGUAUUGUGAUGGAUGUUAUUUGUUGUGAUAAUAGUCGCAUGAUUAAAGUGUGAAGAGAAAAACA